AUGGGGACAUACGUUCAAGCGCACCACGCCCAGAUGGACGGCUGCAGUCGUCCCCUCCACCAAGCCCUCCAAACGCGACCCCUUUCCGUCGCUAUUCUUAAUCCGUCCCGUCCCCUCCCGUUUUCAUCUAAUCUAGCCUCUUCCUUUCCCUCCCUUUUUCCUCCCGCCGUCGCGCCCUCCGGCCCGCCCUCCGCCCGGACCUCCGCCCCGCCCUCCUUCCUUCCCCCCCCGCACGAGCAGUGGAAGCAGGCGGGCAUGUGGGUCGCAGGAGCGGCCGCAGCAGCCGUGGGAGUGCAAGUCAGCGCGCAAGUGCUUGAGGCGCUCGACAAGGUACCCUUCCUGGCGGACCUGGAGGUGCUGGUGGGCACGGGCGUGGCGCUCAACUUCCUCUCCUCCUACGUCCGUGGAGGGCCGGCGCGAGCGCGAGUCCAAGCGAGCAUAGACAGCAUAGUGGACAGCAUCAGGGGCUUUGACUCGCCCACCGACUCCGACCUUCAAUUGCAGCUGCAGCAACUCGUGGCCGACACCACCGCCGCUGCUCCCUCCCUCGCCUCUGCCUCCUCCUCCUCGUUUUCCGCUUCCUCGUUUUCUUCCUCCUCCUCAUCGUCCUCCUCGCCCUCCUUUGCUGCUCGUCUUGCUGGCACGGGGCUGUUCAAGACAAGGGGAGGGCAGGGCACUAAGGAAGUGGGCGGGCAGGCGCGGCCAGCCGAGUCGACUUUCGGAGGGAUUAGGGGGGAGGGAGAGAGAGUAGAGGAAGGAGAAGAGGUGGUGCUGGUCAAGAAACAGUCGCUUAUCAGCCGGUUGGUGGAUUUUGUCCGGGGCAAGGAGGUCAAGACAAAACGCGCCACCCUCGCGCUGCAAGCCGAGGCCGCCCGGUCGCAGGCGCUGCAGUCCCGGGCGGCAGAUCUGAACCAGUCGCUGCAGGCCAGCAAGCGGACGGCGCAGGCUGCCGCCCAGAAGCUGGAGGAGCUGCGGGCGGCCAACGGGCGGCUGCAGGCGGAGCGGAGCGAGUCCCGGGCGGCAAUGGGUGGACUGCAGCAGGAAGUGUCGUCGCUGUCUGCCGCCCUGGGGAACCUCACGGCGGAUACAGACGCUCUGAAGCAGUCCAAGGAGAAGCUGGCCUCCAAGGUCCAGUCAGCAAUCACCGAGAACCAAUCGCUGACAGCCAGCCUGGCGUCAGCAAAAUUGCGCCAGCAGCAGCAGGUGGCGGCGGCAGAGGCGAUGCGCGUCCAGCUGAGGGCCGCAGAGGCUACCCUGGGGGAGCGGGAGGAGGCGCUCCGACGGGCGCAGGCGGAGAGUGCGCAGGAGAAGACGACGUAUGCCGCCCGGCUUGAGGGCGUGAAGAGGGAGAGAGACGAGGCACUGGCAGCGGUGGUGGUGGUGGAGGCGCGGCUGGCAGCACUGGAAGCAAAACUGCAGCAAGCAGCACAGACCCGGACGGAAAUCUUCAAGAACAACGCAGAGCUCAAAGCAAGACUAGAAUCCGUGCUGCAGAAAAACCGCGACCUUGCCACCCAGGCCGCCCGGAUGGAGGAGAGCGGGCGGCAGGUUUCGGCGGUGUUUGAGCAGCGGGAGGGCGCGCUGGUGCAGCAGAUUCGGAACCGUGAGGCUGAGCUGGCGGCGCAGAAGAACCGGGCGGCUGCUGAGCUGGCAGGGGUGGAAUCCAGGCUGGAAGGGGAGCUGAGGAAGGCUGAGGAGGAGAAGCUGAAAUACAUGGAGGCUUGUGAUUGGCUGGAGAAGCAGCUUGCUUCUCUCAAGGCCGAGAAUGAGACGACGAUCGCCGACCUUCGCUCGUCUCUGGCGUUUGCCGAGCAACGGGCCAAGGAGGAGGGUGCUAAAGUGGUUCAGCUGCGCGCUGAGCUGGACAAGCAGACGAAAGACGCCGACCGGCACAAGGCGGAGCUGAAAAAGAAGGUUGCUGAGCUGGAGGGCAAGCUCGGAUCCAGCCAAUCACAGCUCUCCAUUGCUGAGAAAGCCCUUGCCACUGCUACAGCUGCAGCCAAUCGCGUGAAGACAGCUGGACUGGCGGGACUGGUGGUGCCGGCUGUAGCGCCUGGUAAGGGGACAGCUGUAACGGGUGCAGCAGCUGUAGCAGGAGCUGUAGCAGGGGCAGUGGCAGUGGCAGGCAAAGCAGUGACAGAAAAGGAGCAAGCGAGGAAGAGUGGGAAGGCUGUCGUUGUGAGCAAGAAGCAGCAGGAGGAGGAGAGGGUGGGGCGGAUGAGGGAGGGCGAUCUGAAGGUGUAUGCACGAGCCAUCUUCCCUGCAUACGUGGACGUGAGAGGGCCGGCUUUGGAGCAGACCCGAGGAGUCAACGCACUCGUGCUGGACAUGGUGAGCAAGGGAGCUGAGGAGCAGUGGGCGCGGAAGCAUGUGACAGAGUCUCUACUCAAGCCCGCCCUGGCUGCUGCUGCUGCUGCCACCGCUGCUGCAAAGUCGAGCAGUGCUGCUGGCAGUGACAAGGCCGGCAAGAAGGUGAGCAAGGAGGCGUUGCAGUCGUAUGCGAGGGCCAUUCAGCACGCGUACAUCGAUGAUUCCAUCCCCGUGAAGGAGCAGCAGGCGGGCAUGCAGCUGCUCGUGCAGGUGAGGGGUGCUGGAGGGGCUGGUGGGGCUGGGGGGCUGGUGGGUCUGAUUGGUCUGGUGGUCUUAUGGGUCUGGUGGGGCUGGUGGGGCUGUUGCGUGGAGUGA